GGUGACGUCACCGAGCAGCGGCAGUCGUUCCCAGGUGCUGCUGAUGCACUCUCGCCCCUGUCGGCCGCCUGUCACAUCCUCACCAGCGGAAGUCAGCGCAGAGACACCCCAGCCGCGUGGACGCCAACAUGUCCGCCCAGGAAGCGUCGGCCCCGCCCAAGGAGAGCAUGCAGCUGAAGAAGGAGAUCUCGCUGCUGAACGGCGUCAGCCUCAUCGUGGGCAACAUGAUCGGUUCGGGCAUCUUCGUGUCGCCCAAGGGCGUGCUCAUCUACAGCGCCUCCUACGGGCUGUCGCUGGUCAUCUGGGCCAUCGGCGGCGUCUUCUCGGUGGUGGGCGCCCUCUGCUACGCCGAGCUGGGCACCACCGUCACCAAGUCGGGCGCCUCGUACGCGUACAUCCUGGAGUCCUUCGGCGGCUUCAUCGCCUUCAUCCGCCUGUGGACGUCGCUGCUGAUCAUCGAGCCCACCAGCCAGGCCGUCAUCGCCAUCACCUUCGCCAACUACCUGGUGCAGCCGCUCUUCCCCACCUGCGAGCCGCCCUACGCCGCCUCCAGGCUCAUCGCCGCCGCCUGCAUCUGCCUGCUCACCUUCAUCAACUCGGCGUACGUGAAGUGGGGCACGCGCGUGCAGGACGUCUUCACCUACGCCAAGGUGGCCGCCCUCAUCGUCAUCAUCAUCACUGGCGCCGUCAAGCUGUGUCAAGGUUACACCGCCAACUUCGACUCCUCCUUCCAGGGCUCGUCCACAGACGCGGGAAACAUCGCCCUGGCGCUCUACUCGGCGCUCUUCUCCUACUCGGGCUGGGACACGCUCAACUUUGUCACCGAGGAGAUCAAAAACCCAGAAAGGAACCUCCCGCUGGCCAUCGCCAUCUCCAUGCCCAUCGUCACCGUCAUCUACAUCCUGACCAACGUGGCGUACUACGCCGUGCUGGACAUGAGCGCCAUUCUGGCCAGCGACGCCGUGGCCGUGACCUUCGCCGACCACACGCUGGGCGUGAUGAGUUGGACCAUCCCCAUCGCCGUGGCGCUGUCCUGCUAUGGCGGCCUCAACGCCUCCAUCAUCGCCGCAUCCAGGUUGUUCUUCGUGGGUUCCCGCGAGGGACACCUCCCCGACGCCUUGUCCAUGAUCCACAUGCGGAGGUUCACGCCCGUUCCUGCUCUCAUCUUCAACUGCGUCAUGGCGCUGAUCUACUUGGCCGUGGAGGACGUCUUCCAGCUCAUCAACUACUACAGCUUCAGCUACUGGUUCUUCAUGGGCUUGUCCAUUGCGGGACAGAUCUACCUCCGCUGGAAGCAGCCAGACCGCCUGCGACCACUCAAACUGAGUCUCUUCUACCCGGUGGUGUUCUGCAUGUGCGCCGUGUUCCUGGUGGCCGUGCCGCUCUACAGCGACACCCUCAACUCCCUGAUCGGCAUCGCCAUCGCCAUGUCGGGCGUGCCCGUCUACUUCCUGGGCGUCUACCUGCCCGAGUCCAAGCGCCCGCCCGUCAUCACCAAGCUGCUGCGCUCUCUGACUCACGUGACCCAGUUCACAUGUUUCUGCGUCCUCACAGAGAUGGACAAGAGCGAGUAGCGUCCCGCCCCGGUAAUAAAAAUAUGACUGUUCUUAUUAUUUCAUUCCGAGCGCCUGUGGAGUCAAGCGGGAAGUGGAACUUUCCUGCACACUUUAAUUACCUCCAAGACCAGCGAGUUGCCUUGUACAAAAAAAAAAACAAGAAAA